ACCGGUUACUUCUGAACAGGUUGAAACCGCGGCGCGCCGCCCGAGCAGAUGUCCUUGCCACAGGAACGAAAUUGACCGACAUUCAACGAAACCCAGAAGCUUUCCUCAUCGAUACAGUUUCAAAAUGACCAACCGACAAUUCAGCUUUCUUAUUUUUGUCCUGUUCCUUCUCCUAGCGGCUCUAACACUGACUCUGAUCGGAGUGUUGACGGAAUACUGGUAUUAUGUGGAAGCUGAUUCGAACCUUAACGAGACUAUGCAGCAACACUGGAAUUAUAACUAUGGACUAUGGAAAAAAUGUUACACUGACAUUCCUCGAGAUAUCGUGAAGAACAAGGUUGGAAGCUGUGUCACCAUCUACCAGGACCUCAUCAAAAGGGAUGAAAGCAGUUUGGACAAAGAUGGCCAAGUCUACAUGCACCUGUCCCGAUCUGUUGUGGGUUUCGCCAUCGCCAUGGGAGCUGUCCAGCUCGCCGCUGUCUUCACGCUUAUCUGUGGCAACUGGCCCGGUAACUGUAAGACUAUUCGGAAGGGCAAGUUGUACCUCAGUGCCUCCCUCAUCCUGCUGUUUGCCACAAUGUGUGGCAUCGUGAGUGGUAUCAGCUUUAUCGCCCUUCGUGACCUUGACCGGAAAGAUCGUGGUAUGUACCCGUAUGGCGUUUCCUCGCAAUAUGGUUGGUCAUUCAUGGUCACGUGGAUAUCCGCCGGCCUCAAUAUCGUGGACAGCUUCAUCCUUCUGUGUUUAUUACGGACUGUGUAUGAUGACGUCAACGAAGGAAAAAAAUACUACUACUAUAACAUGGGAAACUAGUUCCAGGCCAGAAUAUGCUUGCCAUAUGUAUACAUAUAUACGGUCCGUUAAUAGCAAUAUAUACUCUGAUGGCCACGUGUAUGUUUGACUGUAUGCUAUCGUUGACAUACGACGUGCUGUCUCAUUAUAUACCAGGUUCAGAAACACGAAUGGGAUAUUUGUGCUUGUACAAAUUAGUAUUUAUUAUGCCAUGACGUUUUAACAGUAUUUGUAAGUUCAAUAACUAUCUGGUAAUUUGGUCGUAGUGUGUUCAUGAAGACGUCGCGAUAUCCGCUAGGACAUUUUGGCUCAACGCGUAGCGUUUUCCUUCGUGUUUUGACUUAAUAAACGGACACUUCGCCAUACACACGGCACCACUCUUCCUUUGAAUUGAAUAGAUAAAGAGAUAUAUCUUUCGUUCAUUUUGGCGUCCAUUCGUCAUAUGUGAGCGUACAUUGAUUGUUCAUAUAUCCAUCAGUCCAACGGGUUCACCUAAACUGGCACUCUCCUGAAAUACGUCAACAUAUAUUAUUCUUCGUCUCCUAGUGUGGGUGUUUUAAAGAGUAAUACGGUAGCGCGUUUUUUAAGCAAAGCGUAAGUACACUACACCGUAAAAUCUCCAUUUCAUGCAUUCCACUAUCAUACAUUAUUUUUUCUUUAUGACAUAUUUUCAGAUGAUUCACGACUCUUCUCAUGUAUUUAGUUAUAGGAUAUCUUUGCCACAGGCGAUCAAGACAGUCGAACUAUAUAUUCGUUUCUUUUUCAGUUCAUAGUUAAAUGAUUGAAGCGUAUUCAUUUUUCACAGAAUGUUGAGGAAAUCUUUAGAUUUAUACUUUAAUAUUUUUACAUAAUCGAUUUGAUCUCUACUUAAGACGGAUUUGCUGACGCAGUACGUCAUCUACAUCGUGCUAAGUUAUGUAACCAUACAUCAAAGAAACUCCCAGAGUUACCGUUAUCCUUUGGACAGCUGAAAUAAUUGCCUUUCGGGUACUGGAAAUAUAUGUUAUCAAUUUCAUAUUAGUAAAAUGCAUAGUGGAAGUAAUUUAUCUCUCAUUUUAAUACCUCUCCUUUGUAAAUAAUGAAAUGUAUCAUGCACAACAGCUUAUUGUUUUUAAAAAUACAUGUUUUUUAAAUACCAUGUUUUAAACAAACGUGAGAGCAAUAGAAUAUAUGCAAAAUGCAUCAUUUCCCUCAGCAUCCUAUAAAGGUGAACUUCAGAACCUCGACCUAGUUCCAUUUGCCAUUGUCUGUCGGCAGCUCCAGGAGGAUGGAACACGGGCGUAAACUCAUGACCCAGAUACAAACAUAAUAUUGAGGUCACAGUAAAAAAAUGGAAAAUAUUUCUGGUCAUGUGGCGAACUGUCUAGACGCAUGUGUGUUUCCAUGGAAAAUGUUGUCACGUUGAAGGACAAAUCAAUAUCCAUAUGUACAUAGAAAUCAGAUAUUCAUAGUUUCACAUUUCGCGUCGAUGGAUUUGUGUUCAAUGUGUCGAUAGAUAGCAACCAAAUUGUAUCCACGAAAAAU